AGACGAUAUUGCUUUGUGAGCACAGCAAACCUUAAUUUAAGUUCUGUAAUUCGCUGACAGUUCACAACAAAGGCACCGGAAUUUUAAAUAAAUUGAUCGUUACUGUUCUUGUGUUAUCCCCUUAUUCGGCGCAAAUGUGUUCGCGGUCAUUAACGCAGCUUGAUAGCGACAAUGAUGAUGUUGAGGAGGAGCGGAACCCCCAUGAAACUCCAGAAAAGGAAAUUCUUUGGGCUGCAGCUGAAGGAGAUAUAAGUAUAAUUAGAAAUUUACUUCAAAAUAAUCCAGCUCUGGUGCACGUGAAAGAUCGGGAUGGCUAUAGUGCUCUUCACAGAGCUUGUUAUGAAAAUCAUGUGAAUAUUGUGGAAUUAUUACUGAAACACAAAUCCAACAUAGGUGCAGUAACUAAUGAAUUGUGGCAACCAUUGCAUUCAGCUAGCAAAUGGAAUAGCAGUUCGUGUGUGUCAUUAUUGUUGGAAUGGGGUACAAGUAUCAAUGCAGUUACAAAGGGUGGGCUUACACCUCUGCAUUUGGCGUCAUCUAAUUCAACUGCUUAUGAAACAUUAGUUGUCUUGUUAAACUACCCAUUGGUCAAUCCAAGUAUUUUAAGUAACAAUGGUGAAACAGCUUGUGAAAUUUCCCGUAGAUGUGGUCCGUACUCGCGACUUUUUGAUAUGGUAAAUGAAGCUUUGAACGAAAUAUAAACUCGUUUGACAGUCA